AUGUUCUGCGAUAGGGCCAUCGAGCUGGUCCGCGAGCUGCACCGGGCGCCCGAAGGGCAGUUGCUGGCCUUCAAUGAGGAUGGACUCAGGCAAGUUCUGGAGGAGAUGAAAGCUUUAUAUGAACAAAACCAGUCUGAUGUGAAUGAAGCGAAGUCAGGUGGACGAAGUGAUUUGAUACCAACCAUCAAAUUUCGACACUGUUCUUUGCUAAGAAAUCGACGCUGCAUUAUAGCAUACUUGUAUGACCGAUUGCUUCGGAUUAGAGCACUCAGGUGGGAAUACGGCAGUGUUCUGCCAAGUAUUUUGCGAUUUCACAUGUCUGCUGAAGAAGUGGAAUGGUUCAAUCAUUAUAAAAAGUCUCUUGCUACUUAUAUGAGGUCAUUGGGAGGAGAGGAAGGCUUAGAUAUUACACAGGAUAUGAAACCUCCCAAAAGUUUAUAUAUUGAAGUGCGAUGUCUAAAGGACUAUGGAGAAUUUGAAGUUGAUGAUGGCACUUCAGUCCUAUUAAAAAAAAAUAGCCAGCACUUUCUACCUCGAUGGAAGUGUGAACCGCUGAUUAGACAAGGUGUUCUGGAGCACGUCCUGUGGUAA